AAAGAAGUGGACGUGUCGGAUGGGCCCUUAGGCUCCCUCGUUCCUCAAUGGUGGCCAGCCCUUCUUCAGACGUUGAAUGAAUCCGAUGAAGGAAGGAAAGUGAAUGUUCUUCCUUGGCGGGAUCCUUUGAUCCGGUCGCCGCCCCGUGGUGGGGAAGGCGUAGCGCCGGCAUUCAGGAUUCCUAUCCAGCCUUAGUUGCACACAAGCCGUCUUUGAGUUACCACCACCUCACCUCGAUCAACACCUGGAUUACGAUUUAUUUUAGAUUCUUUCAAACGACGUCCAGUUUGAACCAUCGAGAAUGGGCGGGAAGUGAAGUGAUAGUUAAAUAAGCUAAGAAUGCAACAAAAAGAAGUUGUAAUAUGAGUUAAAUUUAGAUUAAGACUAUUAUGUGUUUGCAAUUGGAAUAAAAAAAAAAAAAAAUGAUGAGUGUUAAACCGACGACCGUUCUGAUAAAAAGCAGCAAAACUGGUUCUCUGUCAGUCGGGAAGGGUCCGAGCGGAAACGGGGAGACGGGCAAGCAUGUAGUCCGUAUCAAGCUGGAGGAGAGCAACGUAGUCGGCGACUCGUGCUCGGUCAGGAUCACCAUCCGGUCCGGAUCGGACGAGGACAACAACAACAUGCUGUACAAAGGCGAGGAAUGCCUGUGCCAGCUGAAGGGCGAGUCGCCGGCGAGCGAAGCUGCCGAUAGUGGCACGUGCAGCGACUUGGACGGCACCACUCCACCGCCCAACCACCGUCAUAGGACCAUCAUACAUUCCGACGACGACGACGACGACAUCAGUUCCGACUCCCUGAGCGACACGGACCGUCGUUCUCCUCCAGGCUUCUUGCCGUUCCAUUUAAACGAAAACGACUUCGAGAAGCACUCGCCUUCAUUGAAGGACGACGGCUUCACCGGCCGACACCACGGACUCCACGGUGAAUCGGGUACCAUCAAAAGCUCCAGGGGCACCAUCAGAGGUGUCAAGAAUAGAGUUCGUGCCAGCAUUGCCACUUUUCUACAAUUGGAUAAUAACAAAACAUGGCAAGAAAAAGAAAAGGGGACGCUUGUUGUUUACACCACGACGAUGGGCGUGAUUCGCGCCACAUAUCUCAGAUGUUUAAAGGCACGCCAUAUAUUGAGGACGAACAUGAUCAAGUAUACAGAAAAGGACGUAUUUAUGUCAAAAAGCUUUCAAAACGAGCUUAAAGAAAGACUCGGGACGGAUUCGGUCUCUUUACCGCAGAUUUUUCUGGAAGGCAGCCAUUUGGGGGACGUUGAAGUUUUAGAAAAAAUGAAUGAAACGGGAGAGCUGAGAAGCAUCCUUCAACCAUAUCGAAGCAAAGAGGCUUGUACUACAUGCCAAGUGUGUGGAGACUUCCGCCUGUUGCCGUGUAAUGUGUGCAACGGAAGCAAGAAAUCUGUCCAUAGAAACCAAUUCAGCACUGAACUUGUCUCAUUGAGGUGCAUGCAUUGCGAUGAAGCUGGUCUGGUCAAGUGUUACGCGUGCUAAUGUCAAUUAAAAAAAAAAAAGAAAGAAAAAACAGAUUUGUUGGUGCUUAUUUUUAAUCAUAGACGAAAUUAUUGAGAAAGGGUUUGGUCUAAAUUGUUGAAACAUUGUUAUUUUUUUUUAAAAAGAUCAGACAAAAAAUAGAUUUAAUUUCUAACAAGAGUAUUUUUCGAUAUAGAAAAUAUUUACAAUUUUGCCAACAUUUCAGGGUUAGUUGUUAACAGAUGAAACAGACGAAAUGGGCUCCAUUAUUUUUUUUAUAGUCAAUGUUUGUUGUUUUUGAUGGCUUUGUAAAUAGUGAGUAAAAGAGCCAAAAAAAGGUUCUCGUAUUUUCUAUAGUCAGCUUUUUUAAAACAAUUGUGCUUUGUUAAUUUGUCAUAAUGUAUGUAAAAUUAAUAUUAUACUUGCUGUAAAUUUAAC